GUUCGAAAUGUGUUAAAGCCCUCUUCUGUAUUGCCUCUUUCCUUUCCCGCUUUGCCAGUUGAAAAAUUACAGAGAAGCGAAAAUGGUGUCGUCAGCAGUGGUGAAUACGUAUCCACUGUCAAGCUACACUUUCGGAGCCAAAGAGCCCAAAAUGGAGAAAGACACCUCCGUCGCCGAUCGCCUUGCCCGCAUGAAAGUCAAUUACAUGAAGGAGGGGAUGAGGACCAGCGUCGAAGGCGUUUUGUUGGUACAAGAGCAUAAUCAUCCACAUAUUCUUCUUUUGCAAAUUGGAAAUACUUUCUGUAAACUCCCAGGUGGCCGACUGAAGCCGGGAGAGAAUGAAAUUGAGGGCUUGAAACGGAAACUUUCUAGCAAACUUGCUGCGAAUUCACCUGGUCUUGAGCCAGAUUGGCAGAUAGGUGAAUGUGUGGCAACAUGGUGGAGACCAAAUUUCGAAACCAUAAUGUAUCCUUACUGCCCUCCACAUAUAACAAAACCGAAGGAGUGCAAGAAGCUUUUCAUUGUUCAUCUGUCAGAGAAAGAGUACUUUGCUGUUCCAAAGAACUUGAAACUUCUUGCUGUUCCGUUGUUUGAACUCUAUGACAAUGUUCAGAGAUACGGACCUGUUAUUUCCACCAUUCCGCAGCAACUAUCCCGUUUCCAGUUCAACAUGAUCCAGUCAUAGAUUCUUCCUGGAAACUCAUAUGAAGGUAGAAUGCACCCGGAGAAUUCAAAUCAGCAACUGUGCAAGGCCCUACUUUUGUGGUCAACUGAGCAAAUCCAUAACCAUAAUCAUGCUCUCUCUUCUAGAAUAGACAACUUCAAAUUACUGGUUUUAUUUCUUUUAAUGUUUGAUUUCAGAUUUUCAUCAACGAGCCUGGAUUUUUUCCGCAGCAUUGGUUCAUGGAAGAUGUCUUAAUGAUAAUCUCACAUUACACGAUGAAGUCUUUUCUUGUUUCGAAAACUUGUUGACCUGCUCUUAUGGCUUGGAAACACUGUUGAGCAUUUUGGUUGACACAAAUUUGAUUUGAUGUUUAGAUUGUUGUAGGGAAAUUCAGUGUAAGAAUUGUUGAGUGUUCUCUUGGCAUGUCUGUUAGGUUAAAUUAGAUUCUAGUUUUGCGUGCCAAAUAUGCCUUGUUGGCACAGGGACAGGGCUGCAUUGUUUCUGGGUUUAUUAAUUUUGUCCCUGCAAACGUGUUCUGGCCAGAUGUAACUCAGACUUAACGCAUUUGACAAUUUCAAUUUGAGUUAAUUAAAUGAUUGAUCACCAACAUUUAUACA